CGAUCAUCACGUGAAUCUAUCCCCACGACCGCGGUGCUUCCGUCCACACGAUUUUUGAAGUUCCUGCAUUUUUGCGAGCUUUCAGUCACCUUCACUCACCCAGCUCCCCUUCUUUUGGGAGGAGAAGGGGGGGGGGAGCCGUUUUUGAUGCUUCACUCUGUCGGGUUUGGCCUCCCUCUCUCCCAUCAUGUUAUUCUCUCUGUUUUCAGUCCCCAUCACUCUUGUCAUGUUGUCUACGGCUCCUCUUCUUCGCAGAGCCAGUUCUAUCCAUGAAAGUGUUUAAAAGUCUUUCAUUACUUGUUUCUGUCUCUCUCUACUGUUGGCCCUUCUUGGGCCGCCUCAAUCAUGGUGUCUCUGUCUUGUUUGGCUGGACCUGACAAGCAGGGCAGAAGCAAGACAGAUGUCAGAUCUGCUCUGAACACUCUCUUCACACUGAAUGUCAUUUUUACAGACAGUGAGUAUGAAAGUGGCUCUAUCAGCAAUGAUGAAGACAAUGAUGACAGUCAACUCUCUGCUGAAUACUACCUGGCCUUAGCAGAGAGUCUUGAUAUCACUCAGCUUCAACAGAAGUGAUACAGCUUCAAAACUCAGGAAAAACUCAAUAAGACUUAUAAUUACUGAGAGAGAUAGACAGUGACUUAUUUUAUUCUUAGAACUGUGUUAUAGACUCAUCAGUGAUACUGAACAGAUAUUAUCAGUAUCUCAAGACUAAUACAGAGUGACAAUAAGAUCAGAUCUCAGAUUCAGAGAAGAUAGUUCACUUUUUAUAUAUAUUCUUCAGUUAACAGUAUAAUAUGGCAUAAAUGGGAUAGUGUCUCAGGCAAUUAUCAUUAUUAUUAGAAUCAAGUUUAACGUCCGUGCCCAGCCUAUAGGCUACGACAGACUCGUCUCAAGCAAUAAAAGGAAGUAUCGGUGUUAAGUAGUUACUUCCACUCAAUUGUGGAUUGGCCGAUUGUUUGUUUGACAGUAUUUUGCGGGUCAUCUAGAAUAGGCAGGCAUGACAACAUUUCUAUAUCUUAACGAAGUGGCAAUUUUAUCGUCAUGCCACUUUCUAGAAGUCUUUUUGCCUCGUGCUGCAAUCUCAUCAAGAAGAUAAUGUCCACUGCCCCAAACCUAUACCUCGGCCGAUGUUUGUUCAGUGGACCGACCGAAUUUUAAUUCCAUUGCCCUUACUGCCAAAGUUUAGCUGAGUGCUCUUUUGAAUGUAGUUCCAGUUUCCGUUUGUUCAAGUUGCCAGAGUAUGAAGGAUAGCAUGA